AUGCCGCCUGUCUUAUAUUCGCCUUUCUUUGCAAUUUUCUUUCUUUCUUUCUUUCUUUCUUUCUUUUUCUUACUUUCUUUCUUUCUAUUUUCUUUCUUUCCGUAUUUUGUUCAUGUUACUUAUUUCUUCUUCAAUCUUUCUUUUUUCUUUCUCUUUCCUUCAUUAAUCCUUUUAUUCUUUUGUUUCUUAUACUCGCCUGUCUGUGUUUUCUUCUUUCUUCUCUUCCUCCUUUUCUUUCUUUCUUUCUUUCUUUCUUUCUUUCUUUCUCUUUUCCUCCUUUUCUUUCUUUUUUUCUUUCUUUCAUUAUUUUGUGAAUGUCUCUUUUUUGUAUUUUUCUCCGAUAAUUUCUUUGUUUGUUUUUCUUUCUCUUUCCUUCGUUAUUCCUUUUAUUCUUUUGUUUCUUAUAUUCGUCCUUCUUUACCUUUUUCUUUCCUUUCUCCUUCUUUCUUUUUUUUCUUUCUUUCUUUCUUCACUUCUUUCUCUUUACCUUUUCCUUUCUAUUUUCUUUCUUUCUCUAUUUUGUUCAUGUUACUUUUUCCUUCUCCAAUCUUUCUUUUGUUCUCUUUCCUUCAUUAUUGCUUUUAUUCAUUUGUUUCUUAUACUCGUCCUUCUUUGCUUUCUUUUUUCUUUUUUUUCUCUCCCCCUUUUUCUUUCUUUCUUUCUUUCUUUCUUUCUUUCUUUCUUUCUUUUCCAUCGAUUACAAGCGCGAAACCAGAAAAGAAAAACGGGACUUCGACAACAAAGGGUACAAAUAUUACUCUCUUCUAUUUACCUGAUUCUUCCCCAUAUCUAUCUAUCUAUCUAUCUAUCUAUCUAUCUAUCUAUCUAUCUAUCUAUCUAUCUGUCUGA